GGCUUCUGACCUGAUGUCUUGGAGCUCCACCUCGGCUGAGGGAAGCAAAUCUCACUGAGGAUUUGCUGUUGGGACCUUCAGACUGAACUCUGAGCCCUCGGAACUUUUCUCCUUUGGGAUUCAAUUUACUGGAAUAUUCAUUCAGAGACUCAGAGACCUGACUAUCUACUGGAGUCCUUCCUCCUGAACAAGAAAUUUCCAAGUGUGUGAGUAAUAUGAGGAAGCCUUUGAAUGGGAUGGAUCCUGGAAUCAGACUGCAGGGCUUCCAUUGUGUUUAGACAGGGAAGCAGCAUGCAAACAAAUCGGUGAACCGUUGCGGCCUGUCAAACCCCCGCCCUCGUAGCCACCAGCACCACCAACCCAGCGUGAGGGGGGAUUCCAGACACUUCGGCUCCCAUCUGACAACCUGCGCCAAACACCAUGGAUUUUCUGCUACCCAUAAGGAGUCGAGACAGGAUGGCGUCCUCCACCUCUGAGCCUCUUUUGGGCCCUCACAGUAGGUGUACCAGGCACCAAUACCAUUGUGUCAAAAGAAAGAUGCGGCCUGGACGGAUUCUGGGUUUCAUCAUCAGUAUGGUGGCGGUCUGCACAUUCUGUUCAUGGAGUGCCUUCUCGCUGGUCACAACGGUGGCGAAGGAGCUGGAAUCGUCCGCUGAGGGAUCAGCAGAAGCGGCAGUGCCCCAAAGAACUCUUCUGCAGUACCAUAACAUCUCAGCCGCACCAGAGGACACACCUGUUGCUAUGCAAUCAUCUGAAAUAGAGAUGAAUCAUGGGGACUACCCAACAGACUUAUUCAGCGUGGAGGAGAGACGUCAGGGCUAUGUGGUUUUUCAUAUGUUUGGCAUGUUCUACAUGUUCAUAUCCUUAGCCAUUGUCUGCGAUGAAUUCUUUGUUCCUGCGCUCACUGUCAUCACAGAGAAGCUGCAGAUCUCUGAUGAUGUAGCAGGAGCCACCUUCAUGGCGGCAGGUGGCUCAGCCCCAGAGCUCUUCACGUCUGUCAUAGGAGUCUUCGUCUCCCACAGUAACGUGGGUAUCGGUACCAUUGUGGGCUCUGCCGUCUUUAACAUCCUGUUUGUGAUCGGGAUGUGCGCCCUGUUCUCCAAAGAGGUGCUGAACCUCACCUGGUGGCCUCUGUUCAGAGACGUAUCGUUCUAUAUUGUUGGCCUGCUCAUGCUCAUCUAUUUCUUUCUGGAUAAUCAAAUCACGAUUGGGGAAAGUAUUAGCCUGCUGUCUUGCUACACCUGCUACGUGACAUUCAUGAAGUUUAAUGCCAAAGUAGAACUUUUCAUCAAGGGCCUCCUGGGCAGCAACCAGGUGAAGGAGCUGGAGACUGCACCAAAGUUGGAGUCAGAUCUGUUGCUCUCUGAUGUUGUAAUCUCAUACGGCGGCGCUCAGGUAAAUGAAUCUGGAGAUGAUGAGAACAAGCUGACGGCCAAACCAAGGUUGCAGAGGGAAGGCAGCUGUGCCUCUCUGCACAACACACUGAUGAGAAACAGCAUCUUCCAGCUCAUGAUACACACCCUCGACCCUCUCAGUGACGAAGGUAUGGGACGUUUCAAAGAGAAGGCAUCGAUCCUUAACAAAAUGGCCAAGCAGAAGUGUAAAGAAGAAGCUGCCAGUGCCAACGGUAUAGGAGCCCUGUCCCAGACACAACCUCCAAGAAAAGCAAAUUCUGAUAAAAACAUCCCCAACAGUUCAAAUGUUGCGGUGGAAGUCACACCACCCAUGAACGGUGUUGUAGGAGGAGACGGGGGUGGUGAGGAAGAGGAGGAUGAAGACCAGCCUCUGAGCCUGGCCUGGCCUGAAACAAAUAGGAAACGGCUCACCUACCUCUUCAUCCUGCCCAUCAUCUUUCCACUGUGGUUAACCCUGCCUGACGUCAGAAGAGAGACAUCAGCAAAGUUCUUCCCCAUCACUUUCCUCGGCUCUAUUAGUUGGAUUGCUAUCUUCUCCUACCUGAUGGUGUGGUGGGCUCACCAGGUUGGAGAAACAUUCUAUAUCACAGAGGAGAUAAUGGGUCUGACCAUAUUAGCAGCUGGCACUUCAAUCCCUGACCUGAUCACCAGUGUGAUUGUAGCACGAAAAGGCCUGGGUGACAUGGCCGUGUCCAGCUCUGUGGGCUCCAACAUCUUUGAUAUCACUGUGGGUCUGCCGUUCCCCUGGCUCAUCUACAACAUAAUCCACGACUUAAAGCCGGUAGAGGUGAGCAGCAACGGCCUGUUCUGCGCCAUCGUCCUCCUUUUCCUCAUGCUUCUCUUCGUCAUCAUCUCCAUCGCGGCUUGCCGUUGGAAAAUGAGCAAGUUUCUGGGCUUACUCAUGUUCGUGCUCUACUUCGUCUUCCUCAUCGUCAGCGUCAUGCUGGAAGACAAAGUCAUCAGCUGCCCCGUCACCAUAUGAGAGAGAGCGACUCCCACUGGAUGUCGGAAAGCAGAAAUUGAGCGCAGAUGUGCUCACGUGUACCAUGAUUUACUAUAGGAGUGGAAAAACAUGCUCGCACAGACACAAACCGUGUCUUAUCUGUCUCACUUAUAUACACAGUAGAAGACUGCAUACACACAGACACACACAUUCAAGUACCAACAUCUUCACGUAAAAGGUAAAGAAAACACACAUACACACACAUACAUAUAUACACAUACACAAGUUGUGGAUGCCAGUUAGCGGCAGGCAGAGGCACUGACUUAAAUAAACGCUGCAUAUUGAGACCAAUGCAUCACAGCUGUCCAACAGUGGCAUACAAGCCUGUAAGUCAUUAACAGACUUUAUGCCACCCAGGAGGCACUUCUCUCUCUUCGUACCACGUGACUACAUUCAGUAGCCGCUAUUGGUUGAAUACUGAUGGACAGGUUAUGUGAACGGGAUGGAAAUUUCGAUUGAAGAUCACCAGAGAUUGUUGUUUUUUCAACUGAAGGACCGUGUGGCAGUAUAAAAAGUAUCUCCACUACUCAUGCAGGCAGCCAAGUUCAGCAUAUAAACUGAGUAUGGAGGCUUAAAGAGACUUUAUUUUUUGUUUUAAAGGGCAGUGGGGAAGAAAAAAAGAGAGGGCCGGAGCAAUACAUAUAUGUGAUAGCUGCUCAAUAUACCUUUAGAUGUUAACUGUGUUGAUUACACCUCCUUUAUGGCUUUGCAAGGUCAUUGAAAGAGACAUAUCCAGUGUUAAUUACUUGUGUGUCUUCAAAUACAGUAUAUUUGACGACAUAUUUGGCAUAAAUGGUUACUUUACAUCUCAUUCAUGAAUAUCUAUAAUAGGAUACAUUAAAUGCUAAAUAGUUACAAUAGAGCAUGUAAGGGAUAAUGUAGAGCAAGUGGGUCAUUAUCCCGCCUUUCACAUGGCUACCUACUAAAGAAAUCAAUAAUAUGACAUACAAUAUUAAUUUAAAAAUUAUUUUAUUGAUGUAAAAAUGGUCCUCUGUGAUCAGAACUACACUACCGGUCAAAAGUUUGGGGUCACUUAGAAAUUUCCAUUCCACUCCAUUAAAG